AUGAAGCUAAGGCUCCGUCUCGGGCAGCCCAAAGAUAGGUUGCGCAGCCAUCUCCAGAGCUCACUCGACGAUUCGUUGGGCAGACUACCGUCGCACGAUCGGACACAACUCCUUGACGACCUCUGCUUCUUGUUACGCAGCCCUCUCUUCCUCUACGCCAUCGCUCCGCGUAUACGCCGCGCGACAGCCACAUCGGAGCGCGCUGCAACCGGUCUCAUGACGCCCAGUUCGCUAGCCGACGAACGCGUCAAAGAAGAAGGCAUUGAUAUAUCAGCGCUGAACAUGAGAGUCGGAUGGGAUGGCGAGAGCUGGGCGACCCAACUGCUCUACGACGACGUUCCGCUCAUCGAAGGUCGAGAAUACAACACCACGAAAAAGGCCGGCUACGCUCCAAGUUUCCACUGGUUUUGCGAAGAGGCGAGAUUUUUGAGCUGCGAGUUCCACGCUCGAGAACAAAUCGCGAUGAGUGCGCCAAACACUGUCGUUGAAGCGGAGCCGAAGGAGGUGGAAGGUCGCCAGACGCGCGCGAAGAGUGCGGGGACGAAGCAGCGUCGCAUCGUCAAGUUGAGUAUAAGGUACAAGAUGGUUCGUGGCAAGCCGAAGCUUACGAAGAAGGCGAGUGGAAUGAAGAGGAUGUGA